GACAGCUCUUGGAUGUCAAAUGUUAACUGGAAACUAUUCCAUCCAUUAUUAAACGUAAACGUCAACAAUUAGAUAUGUACCCUGAAGAUGAAUCGUAGUGAGGGAUUUGUUAAAAGAAGGAAUGUAACGCGCGAGAACAGUGAGGGAUUAAAAGAACAAAAUGAGGAAAAAAAGUUGAGUCGAGAAGAAGAAGUCGACGAUGGAGAUUCUAAAGAAACUAGGCUGACGUUGAUGGAAGAGGUGUUAUUGCUAGGACUCAAAGAUAAGGAAGGUUACACAUCAUUUUGGAAUGAUUGCAUUUCCAGCGGAUUGAGGGGAUGCAUUCUAAUAGAACUGGGGCUGAGAGGGCGGGUGGAACUCGAAAAAGUUGGCAUGAGAAGGAGAAGUUUGUUGGCAAGAAAACUUAUUGUCAAAAGUGAUACCCCGGUAGGAGAUGUGCUUUUGGAUGAGGCUUUGAAACAUCUAAAAGAAACAGAUCCAGCCGAAACAGUUCAAAGUUGGAUUGAAUACUUGAGUGGUGAGACUUGGAAUCCGUUGAAGUUGAGAUAUCAGUUGAAAAAUGUACGAGAAAGAUUAGCUAAAAACCUAGUUGAAAAAGGUGUAUUAACUACAGAGAAGCAAAAUUUUUUAUUUUUUGAUAUGACUACACACCCUCUGACCGAUAAUGUUACGAAAAGUCGUUUGAUAAAGAAGAUCCAGGAUGCGGUUCUUGCAAAGUGGGUAAAUAAUCCUCAGCAGAUGGACAAAAGAAUGCUAGCACUCAUAUUUCUGGCACAUGCUAGUGAUGUACUAGAAAACGCUUUCGCACCACUUAAUGAUGAUGAUUACGAGUUAGCUACUAAGAGAGUAAGAAAACUUCUUGAUUUAAAUUUUGAAGAGGAAGCCAAUAAACCCAAUACAUCUGAUGUUUUGUGGGCCGUUUUUGCUGCUUUCACAAAGUAAAUUAACUAUAAUAAUUGUAACAUGCCCUAUAGGACAUGAAUAAUCAUUUUGUAAAUUGAUAUAGUUCAAGAUAUGAUUUUUGCAUAAUACGUGAGUGUUAAAUGUACAGUCACAGUAUACCAUAAUGUAUUGAAUUGAGUGACUACAAAAAUUCGGCUGUAUUAUGCAUGUUUUUUUAAACUGUGAUAGGCUUUAUUGAGGUAAUCACAAACUUUCCAGUUACUUCAUUUUCUACAAUACAAUGUGGUUUCCAGUCAUUUUGAAACAGUUGAAAAGAUUGUUCUUCACAAAUAUGAGGAGAUAUUUCAUCAAUAUUAAUUUUCCAAGAUAUCUCAUUUCAGUUCAUAGAGGUGACAUCUAUGAAGUUAGUAAAUUCAACAACAAUUCUGAGAGUUUUGAUAGGACAUCAUGAUAUAGUCAUUUACUGACAAUUUCGUGGUAUUUUUUACAAAAUCUUUUGUUCCUGUGGACGACAAUCUCUAGCCAUUUUCAGUAUUGUAAGCUUGCUUCAAAUCACAACUAAUAUUAGUAGAUAUUCUGAUUCUGUCCAUUCUUUCUUCUAUAGACAACUAUGAAACAUACAUCCAAAUUCGUUUGAUAUCUCAAAAACUUAAUUAGCUUUAGUAUUGAUGCAAAAUAUGGACUACUGAGUGGCUGCUCCAGGCUAAAGCACAGUAUAUGCAAAUUGAUAUUUUGUUGAACAUGCAAGAAAAAGAUGGAAAAGGAGGAGAUACUGUGUUUUGAUUAUGAUAUAUAUCCAAUGAUGAAUGGACUGGCUCUGGAAAUGUGUUUGAACACUAUAUGUCAAAUGUGCAUAAAUUUCUUUUUUCGUUUUCAUGCCAGAUUUGGAGGUCACGUGGAGCAGCCCAGUAGGCUCUUACUACCACAUGUCAUCAUAAUCCUCAUAUAAUGUGAUGAACAAAGUAGAAUGUUUCUGUUUUUGUUGAGGUUUCAGGGGACUAUUUAGUUGAACUCUUGUAUAGGUCGACCUUUGGGCGAAGUUUAUUGCCUUCUUUAUAUAUAUAUAUAUAAAAUAUAUUACAUAUACCAAAGAGUUUAAUUAAAUAGUUCGCUAUUAUUAACUGCAACCUGCGGCAUAAAAUAUUGAAAUAUUUUGUAAAUGGCUUAUGAAAGCCUUCGAAAUAGAUAGUGAUAGUACAAUAUUCUUAGCGAAUUAAAAAAAAUACUGUAUUGUAUAAGACUUGGCUUGCCACAUUUGCCGUUUACAAAGUAUUUCCGUCUGCUAACUCCAGCCGCCAGCUCAUUGGAAAAUGUGAAAAUAUAAUUUUGUAUCAGUUUACUUUACUCAGUGGAUUUUCAAUUCAAAAAUGGUUUGGGCCUACACUCACAAAAAUCAUUCUUUGUAUUAGUAUUUAAGUAAGUAACAGAAACUUAUGUUUAGCUAGAUGUCAUAUAGGUAAUAAAAUGUUGAAAAAUAUUGACUGUGAAA